UGACUGUAUCCGUGCUUCCUUUUUCGUCUACUCAUUUGCCAAUGUUACGAUUCGGGUGUACGCAAGCAGGACAGUGCGGUAUCUUUAUAAUUUUGCUAUCUGAAAUAUUGAGAUAUUUUUUCACUGAUAUUAUUUAUAAUUAUUUAUGCAACUUUACGCAACACUGUCUUGUAUUGGAUUAUUCAUUAUUUAUAACUCGGAUAUAGCUUGCGCAAGAAAUUAAGUUGUGAUAAAAUUAUGUUUGGAAAAGUAUAACGCACAUGGCAAAUGAUUACCAACGAAAAACUAACAAAAAUCUUAAAUAUAUUUUGAAUAUCACACGCGCAACACAGAAAUUUACUUUAUAUGUAGCCGACGGCUGCUGGAUUAAACAUCUUUUCCAUGGAUCCGAUCAUGCUAGAAAACAGCAACAUUGAAAUUGGAGCACAAGCACAACAACAACAUCAACAACAACAACAACAGCAACAGCAACAUCAACAGCAAUAUGGAGAAGUAAAUCAGUUAGGAGGUGUAUUCGUAAAUGGUAGACCUCUUCCUAAUGCUGUCAGAUUGAGAAUUGUCGAACUUGCACAGUUGGGUAUCAGACCAUGUGAUAUUUCACGACAACUACGUGUCAGUCAUGGAUGCGUCAGUAAAAUAUUAGCACGCUAUCAUGAAACGGGUAGUAUUCUACCAGGCGCGAUUGGUGGUAGUAAACCGCGAGUAACCACGCCAAAAGUCGUGCAAUAUAUUAAACAAUUAAAGUUAAAGGAUCCAGGAAUUUUUGCCUGGGAGAUCAGGGAUCGAUUGCUAUCUGAUGGCGUUUGCGAUAAAUACAACGUUCCUUCAGUAUCCAGUAUAUCGAGAAUAUUGAGAAACAAAGUCGGCAUAACAACGACUAUGCAUCAUCAUCCGCAUCAUUCAGCUCACCAUCAUCAUCAUCAUCUUUAUGCGGCCGCUGCAGCAGCUGGUGCAGCUCUUUGUCCAGUGCCGUACCCACCGACACCAUAUCAUCCGACGGUGCCACCUUCCAUCACACAUCACCAUCAAGUUGGACCAUCACCAGCGAGUAAAUUGUCAUCAUCGUCGCCACCAGUUCAUACUAGCGGACAUCAAACGACGAGCAACAAUGUUCUUCAAUGGCCAAGUCCUCACACUGUACACGACAUUCUGGCUAACAACUGUAACAUACAGAAUUCUUCAGCAUCUCCUUCACCAACUUCGUCAUUAUGCUCUACAAUCAACAACAAUCAUCACAACCGUCAUAAUGAUAAUUCCACUAACAAUAAUAGCAAUAACAGCAAUAAUGAUAAUAAUAAUGAUCGUAGAACGUCAAGUUAUCUUCACUCACAUCAUUCUCACCUGGCACAUCAUCAUCAUCAACAGUAUUAUACUUCUGCAUUGUAUCAUCAUCACCAUCAUUCGGAUUCUAUGGCGGCAGCUACUAUAUCAUCCACUCUAUCUGUACAAUCUAUCAUGUUGCAAUCUUCAGGCACAAAUCAACCAACCAGUCCUUGCAACUAGAAGAAAGAAUAACAUUGUUUCAUAAACAUGAAAUUAUAAACAAUAAUUAACGUCAACGAUAAAUGAAUUUUUUGAUCACGUAUAAAUGUUUUUAAUAUAUUUUUACGCAUAGUAUAACAUUAUGGUAGAUCUGACAA